GGUCCCCACGAGAAGCGGAGUCAGAGUUCUCGUUUGUGUGUGAUUGCAGGCUCCGUGCAGGGUCCACACGAGAAGCGGGUGUUGGACAAGCUGCUGUCCGACUACAACGUGCUGGAGCGGCCGGUAGCCAACGAGUCGGAGCCCAUCGUCAUCAGCUUCGGCAUCUCCCUGCAGCAGAUCAUCGACGUGGAUGAAAGAAACCAGAUUCUGACCUCCAAUGUGUGGCUGAACAUGGAGUGGAAUGACGUUAACCUCAGGUGGAACAAGUCCGAGUUCGGGAACGUACAGGACCUGCGGAUACCCCCGCACCGGAUCUGGAAGCCCGAUGUGCUACUCUACAACAGCGCCGACGAGAAGUUUGACGGCACGUACCACACAAACGUGGUGGUGAAAAACAACGGCAGCUGUCUGUACGUGCCGCCGGGCAUCUUCAAGUCCACCUGCAAGAUCGACAUCACCUGGUUCCCGUUCGACGACCAGGAGUGCAACCUCAAGUUCGGCUCCUGGACUUACGACGGAUGGCAGCUGGAUCUGAUCCUGCCGUCUGAGGAGGGCGACGCCAGCAGUUUUCUACCGAACGGCGAGUGGACGCUGCUGGGUGUACCGGGGAUUCGAAACGAGCUCACGUAUGCCUGUUGUCCACAACCGUACAUUGAUAUAACGUACCAGAUACUGAUCCGGCGGCGCACGCUGUACUAUUUCUCCAACCUGAUAGUACCGUGCGUGCUGAUCGCCUCCAUGGCCGUGCUGGGCUUCACGCUGCCGCCCGACAGCGGCGAGAAACUCAGCCUAGGUGUCACAAUUUUGCUAUCACUCACUGUCUUUCUAAACAUGGUGAGCGACAGUAUGCCAACUACCUCGGACGCAGUACCACUCAUAGGCACCUACUUCAACUGCAUCAUGUUCAUGGUGGCGUCGUCGGUGGUGAGCACCGUGCUGAUCCUCAACUACCACCACCGGUGCGGCGAGACGCACGAGAUGGCGCCCUGGGUGCGGAGUCUGUUCCUGCAAUGGAUGCCGUGGCUGCUGCGCAUGUCGCGCCCAGGAGAGAAGAUCACGCGGAAAACAAUCCUGAUGAACAACAAGAUGAAGGAGCUGGAGCUGAAGGAGCGCUCCUCCAAGUCGCUGCUGGCCAACGUGCUCGACAUGGACGAUGAUUUCCGCGGCGCCGGCGGCCUGCCGGGCUCGGGCGCCAGCUGCCUGCGGCUGCCGGCCAGCGACGAGCCGGGCCGCGGCGGCGGCGGCGGCGGCUGCCUGGCCGGCUGCGCGCGCGAGCUGCAGCUCAUACUGAAGGAGCUGCACACCAUCACCGACAAGAUGCGCCGCGACGACGAGCAGGGCGAGGUGACCAGCGACUGGAAGUUUGCCGCCAUGGUGGUGGACCGCCUGUGUCUCAUAGUGUUCACGCUGUUCACCAUAGUGGCCACGGUGGCCGUGCUGCUCUCGGCGCCGCACAUCAUCGUGCCGUGACGCCGCCGACUGCAGCGCCACCUGCUCAAACGGACUGCGCCCGCAGCGCCACCUGCCGCGACCCUCGCUGGCCGCCGAGUGCCGCCGACCGGGGCCUGUGCGCGCCCCUCGGGAGGGUGGCGAAUCAGGGACCAUUUUGGUCUCCAGUUUUUA